CUACUCACUCCCAGCCGAAGAUGGCGGACUGCGAAAAUAAACGGGUCGGACCCGCCGAUACCGGUCGCUCAGCUGAUCCGGACGAGCCGGUGGUGAAGAAACCGAGAGUGAUGAACCCGUCCGGUGAUCCGGAGCUCAACGGAACCGAGUCGGCGAGCUCAGAGCCGGCGGGCAUCGAUGAGAGCGAUCAGGCCUCAGUAAAGCGCACUGAACCCGGGAGAACCGCCGAAGCCGAGCUCGAGCUCUCCGAGUCGAUUCGUGAAGGCGUCCAUCCGAAUGGCUUUUCAUCACCUGAUCUUCAUCGUGAUGGUGAUGAUGAUGAUGAUGAUGAUGAGUGCUCAUCUCGCGCCAGCUCCAGUGACUGGACCCCUCAACCGCAGAUCGGUUCCUAUCGGUUUAUUCAGCAGCACAUCAUGAGAGGAACCGAUCCCAGGGCCAUCCUGAAAGAUCUGCUGCCCGAGACCACCCUUCCACCAGAUCUGGAUGACAUGACGCUGUGGCAGAUCAUCAUCAACAUCUCUGAACCACCCAAAAGAAAGAAACGCAAAGACAUCAACAGCUUAGAAGAGGUCGUCCGGCUCCUGAACGAAAGCAAGAAGAUCCUCGUGCUCACCGGUGCUGGGGUUUCUGUUUCCUGUGGAAUUCCUGACUUUCGAUCGCGAGAUGGCAUUUACGCUCGACUGGCUGUGGAUUUUCCAGACCUUCCCGAUCCUCAAGCUAUGUUCGACAUUGAUUAUUUCAGAAGAGACCCGAGGCCGUUUUUUAAAUUUGCUAAGGAAAUUUACCCAGGACAGUUUCAGCCGUCACCGUGUCACAGGUUCAUCUCAAUGCUGGAUAAGAAGGGAAGGUUGCUGAGAAACUACACACAGAAUAUUGAUACCCUGGAGCAGGUGGCUGGAAUCCAGAAGAUUAUUCAGUGUCACGGGUCUUUCGCCACAGCGUCUUGUCUGGUGUGUAAACAUAAAGCGGACUGUGAGGCCAUAAGAGAAGAUAUAUUCAAGCAGGUGGUUCCUCACUGUCCGAGGUGUCCGUCGGACAUCCCUUAUGCCAUCAUGAAACCAGACAUCGUCUUCUUUGGCGAGAACCUUCCUGAAUUCUUCCACAGAGCCAUGAAGCAGGAUAAAGAUGAGGUGGACCUUCUCAUUGUGAUCGGCUCCUCGCUGAAAGUUCGGCCGGUUGCUCUCAUACCGAGCUCAACCCCUCAUGAAGUGCCUCAGGUGUUGAUAAACCGCGAGCCGCUGCCGCACCUGAACUUUGACGUGGAGCUGCUCGGAGACUGUGAUGUCAUCGUAAAUGAGCUCUGCCAUCGGCUGGGUGGAGACUUUGAGCAGCUGUGCUUCAACUCCUCGCAUCUCAGCGAGAUCCGAGAGAAACCGCCUGCCCCGUCUCCCAGACCAGCGGAGCCGGCGUCAGCCGAGAUCACAUCCACGCAAGAGACCGACGCCGCCGACUCUUCUGAGGUCACCAGACCUGCUGACUGUCAAACUGCUCCGUCUCCUGAAACAAAUGACGAAACUGAGGAGACGUCCGAAAGAACGAGUCCUUCACCGGAGACGACCGACCCCAGCGGCGCUCGGAGCCUCCAGUCUGAGGUGACGGACUCUGGCUUAAAUACACAUUCUGCGAAAACGACAAGCCCUCGUGCUGACAGACCUGAAGAAGAAGAACCUGAGAAACACCAGCGGCUUGAGAUGUCCAGACGCUGCUGGAGAAGACGAAUCUGUCAGAGUCCCAUCAGCAAACGCCUCGGAGCCUCUCAGUAUUUGUUUCAAACGCCGAACCGCUACAUUUUCCACGGGGCUGAAGUUUACUCCAGUUCAGAAGAUGAGACGUCCAGUUCAUGUGGCAGUGACAGUGAGAAUGAAGACAGUGACGUGGAGCAGGACACCACACCGCCGAUCGAGAGUGAAGAGACAGUACAAGAAAAUGAACACAAAAGCCUCGAGACGGACUGCACGACAAACACAAACCUACACAACAGCACAACAGACACACAAUAACUGCUGCUGGAUUUCUGCUGUAAUUUCUGUCAGACCUGUUAUGUUUGCUAAUGCAUGCUACCUUUCAGUUUGUUUGCCUUACACAGUUCUCUUUUAUUAUCACCAGUCUGUUGGUAUUUUUAGAUGUACAAAAUGUUUCAUUCCAGUGUGCUUGUGGUCACAGUGGAAUUAAGCUUGCCGCUAAGUUGGGAUAAAAAGGGAAUGAUUUUCAGACCAAAGAUUGCUUUUUCCAUUUCUGUGAGGGGUUUUUGUCUUUCGUCGGAGCUGCUCAUUGCUUCUGUCCACCAUCUUCUUCAUCAGACUCUGGCAUUUUCUCAACAGUUGGCAGCUACGUUCAGUCUGUAUUUAAACUGUUUUAUACCUCGUAACAUAGUCAUCUCAUAGAUGUCAUGGACUUGUUUUUCCAUUUGUUUCAGUUUUUGCAAGACAGAGAAUGACGUGCAUUUAGACUCUUGUUCUUGUUCUCAAGCACUUAGUGUCCUUUGUCUCUUUGAUUGUUUCUACAGAAUGCCUUUUUCUGUUGUCACUGACUGGGCAUUAAAUCUUUAUGACACUUGAAAUAUCAA